UCCAAACAAAUUAAGUUAUUGUAGGUUAUGUUAAAGAAACAACAACAUUUCAUUAGACAAAAAUGUGAUUUAAUUACACAUACUUACAUAAUUUCAUGAAGUAACCACAUAUAUUUGGUGGCUAUUUGUACAUAUGUAAAUUAUAAUUAGCCUAUGUCAUGAAAGUUCAAGAAUAACAUAUUAUUGAAAUAGUCAAAAUUACCUUUAUAGUUGCACCAAUAUUCGUAUUAUAGUUCAUCCAACCUAGAAAGUGUAGUUCAGAUGAUGAAAUCAAUCUGUAAGUAAGGAGGACUUGAAAUUGUGACUUUUGUCCAAUUCAGAGAUGGAUGUUAGUAAAACUUUCCUGCCAACUUCCAGUUAAUUAGGAGAGCCACUUUUUUACAGUGAUGUUUGGAUACAAACUGUUGUUCAGAUACUUUUCUUGAAUGAUUGAUUGAACUACUGUACAGGUUAUUCACUCAUUGUGAAUUGACAAAAAGUAUAUACAUCUACCAGACCGCAGAUCUUCCAUCACUUCCAUCAAGCAGCUGUGUCCAAACUUGGAACAAAAAGGGAAAUGAAGUGCCGUAAAAAUGCCAGAUUUGUAAAGGAGACAUUUUCCAGUGGAGAGCAUAAGAAUAUCACCACAAUUAAACAAGACAAUACCCUUUUAGGAAAGGCAGAAAUAGCUAGAUACCUAUCAAGACAAGACAUUCCACCAUACCCAGAAGCACCAGAGUACCAUCUGUCCAAAGUGGCCCAUGUCACUACAAAAAGAGGCCUUGACGGAAUCUUGGAAUCAGGUGGAUUUAAUGGCGGUGAGAAGAGUUUCCUGUGGUGCAAUCUUCCUGUGGAUGAUGACGAUAUCAAUGCAGCAGAACACCGUUACCUGGAGAAAAUCUUCCCUGACAGAACACCUGAGCAGAGACAGAUGCAGCAACCCUUCCUCAGCAAGUUCACCACCUCACCUGCCUUCAGGAAGGCAUCACGCUUUGGGAACUUCAGGUUUACUUUCAUUCUGUCUGAUCUCCUAAAGAUGUACAGUCAGCAGAUAUGUGGUGGAGAAGAGCCUGUCCUGAGAGUGUAUGAGACUGUAGUCUACAAACAAGAGAUCAUGUACAUAGUGCUUGUUCACUGUCCACAUGAUAAUGAGUUUGAGAAGUACCCAGUUCUUGGUGAUGGUAGUGAUGAUGCUGUCUGUGGUUACAGGAAGGGCAAUGUUGUCUGGCAUGCACAAGCCAUGUCUAAAACCCAUGCGGUUGGGUUAGCCAUAGAUGAAGUUAACCAAAUAGUAGGAACAGAUAGCGGUUGUGAUGAAUGGUACAUGUGGGACCAUGUGACCCUGGCGUUCCACCUGCCACAAGGUCAGACCCUACAAUUUGACAGGAAGAUUGUGAUCGAAAACCUCACUACUUGUGAUGCUGAUGAAAUGUUUAUUGGAGUGAAAUGUCGCUACAAAGGGCAUGAGUGUGUGCGUACAUGUCCAUGUGGAAAAUGUCUCGUACCCCUCGCCACAGCUGAGGAAAUAGUUGAGGGCAUACGAUGUGAUUACAAAACCAACUGUUGAAGUUUCCUUUGUCUUUUCCCCCCAGUAGCUAAUUCAAAAAAGUAACUUGAGUAUGAUUAGGGAAAUAAAUCCAAUCAACAUGUGUGGUGUUUAAACUUGAUGCUGUCACACAUUUUGUUCAGUCAUCUUUUGUCAUUUAAGAUUUAUACAAAUAAUGUAGUUAAACAACUGUUUCAACAAAUUAUGCAUCCUCAUGAAAUGGUGUUGUGUCAUAGUUCUGUAGCCUUUUUCCAUAGCACCCGAGUGUCUCCUGUGAUUAUGUUAAUGUUAGCUCUAGUGUUAUUUUUCAAAAAUGUUUAAUCUUUUUUUCUUAUUGUUGUUGUAAUUUCCUUUCCAACCUAUCCCUGGAUAAAGAGAUGAUGCAUCUCAAGGGAAUAUAUAUAUAUUUUUAAAUAAAGUUGGUCUGCUUUGGAAAUAAAUUCCAAGAAUGUCAACACAA